AUGGGGAGCAUGUUGGCCCAAGAGAACGAGAACAAGGAGGAAGUAUUUGUCUACUACCUCUGCAAAAGGAUGAUCGGUUACGAGUUGAACUAUUCUUUUGUGGAAAAAGUAUGUUGGGCACUAGCCUGGGUAACGAAGAGGUUGUGCCACUACGUGCAAGCCCACCCAAUCAAGCUAGUGUCAAGACUCGAUCCAAUUCGUUUCUUGUUUCAAAGAACUCUUCUUUCGCCGCGUCUUGCUAAAUGGAUGAUGAUGAUUUCAGAAUAUGGCAUCACAUAUACCGUGCAAAAGUCAAUCAAGGGGAGUAUAGUGGCUGAUUUCCUAGCUGAUCAACCAAUCACCAUUGAUGACGAUGAUGAAGAGAUGGUCUUCCCAGAUGAUGAGAUUAUGAAUGUUCAAUCCGAAGCGUGGAAGUUGAUGUUUGAUGGUGCGUCGGGCAAACAAGGUUACGGCAUUGGUAUCCUUUUGAUCGAUCCUGCUGGCACGUAUAAUCCUACUUCUGUUAAGUUGAGUUAUAGUGUCACCAACAACGAAGCUGAGUACGAAGCGUGCAUUGUUGGGAUCAAGUUAGCCAGCGAGAAGAGGAUUAGCAGAUUGGAGGUUGUCAAAGACUCGAAUCUUGUAAUCUCACAAGCCAACGGAGAUUGGCAUGUCAAAGGCGACAAUCUUAAACCUUAUCAUUCUUUCCUCAUGCGUUUAAUCGCCAAGUUUGAAAGUGUUGUUUUCAUCCAUGCUCCAAGGAGUCAGAAUCGUUUCGCUGACGCCCUUGCAACUCUCGCGGCAAUGACUCAGAUUCCCGAAAGAAUCAAGAUCAAGCCACUCAAAAUCCAACAGAGGUACAAUCGCAUCUAUGAGAAACUAGUGAUUGCUAACACUAAUAUCUCAAGUAAACCUUGGUUCGAGCCCAUUCAGUCAUAUAUCGAAAGGGGAGAAUAUCCUGCCCACUUUUAG